CCAGUCCUCAGAUUUGUUGCAUCCCUUUCGGCAAAAUAAACCCUUGAGAGACGUCAGUGGAAAGAAACUGUUAGGACUGAAACAAUAUGAGGCUAAGAAGUGUCCAUCGCUCCUUUAUUCUUGCAAGUUUCAUUAUUUGCUGUGUUUGGAGUGUCUAUGGAGACUACUGUGAGGUGAACUUGUGCCAUAAUGGCGGGACAUGUGUGACUGGAGUAGGAGAGGAAUCUUUUGUCUGUAUCUGUGCCGAAGGAUUUACAGGAGACACGUGUACUGCCAAAGAGAAUGGUCCGUGCAGCCCUAACCCAUGUAAAAAUGAUGGAGAGUGUGAGGUGAUUGCAAACUCCAGACGAGGAGAUGUUUUUAAUGGUUAUGUUUGCAAAUGCCAGUCUGGCUUUGAGGGCGUUAACUGCCAAAUAAAUGUAAAUGACUGUGAUAACCAGCCUUGUAAGAAUGGAGGCGUAUGUCGGGACCUGGAUGGAGACUACACAUGCCAUUGCCCUUCUCCUUAUGUAGGGAAGCAAUGCCAGCUAAGCUGUAUCUCUUUGUUAGGAAUGGAGGAAGGGGGAAUUGUCGAGUCCCAGAUCUCUGCCUCCUCGGUGCACUUUGGCAUUCUGGGUUUGCAGCGCUGGGGACCUGAGCUCGCCCGCCUCAACAACCAGGGUUUCGUUAACGCUUGGAGUUCAGACCCCCAUGACAAGAACCCUUGGCUUGAGAUCGAUCUACAAAAGAAGAUGCGUCUCACUGGUAUCAUCACACAGGGAGCCAGUCGCAUGGGCACAGCUGAGUUCAUCAAGUCCUUCAAGAUGGCAUCAAGCUUUGAUGGCAAAAUGUACAUGAUGUACAGAGCUCCUGGCCAAAGGAAAGACAAGGUAUUUAUUGGGAAUACCGAUAAUGAAAGCACCAAGACGAAUCUGUUCGAACCCCCAAUUGUGGCUCAGUACAUUCGCAUCAUCCCUGUGGUGUGCCGCAAAGCAUGCACUCUGCGCCUGGAGCUGGUUGGCUGUGAACUAAACAUCUACUCCAAUGCUGUAGGCUGCUCUGAGUCUCUGGGUAUGAAGUCUCGUCUUAUCUCAGACAGCCAGCUGUCGGCGUCCAGCGCUUUCCGCACCUGGGGCAUAGAUGCGUUUACAUGGCUUCCACAUUAUGCUCGCCUGGACAAGCAGGGCAAAACCAAUGCCUGGUCCCCAGCCAGCAACAACCGCACUGAAUGGCUGCAGCUGGACUUGGAUAAGCCUAAGAGAAUCACAGGCAUCAUCACUCAGGGAGCAAAAGACUUUGGCGUGGUGCAGUUUGUGUCUGCUUUUAAGAUUGCAUACAGUGACGAUGGUCAGUCAUGGAGCAUUGUAAAGGAUGCAACCAACAGAACAGAUAAGAUUUUCCAAGGCAACAUUGACAACAAUACACACAAAAAGAACUUGUUUGAGCCACCUUUCUUUGCCCGAUUCGUGCGCUUCCUGCCUUGGGAGUGGCACGAACGCAUCACUUUAAGGAUGGAGUUGCUGGGCUGUGAUGCUUAGAAUCAUGAAGAGGAUCAUGGCAUGUUUUCCUACAGCAGCUGACUGUAUUUUCAUCUUAACAGAUAUAAGCGGUCACGGUGUGUUACUGGUUCAGCUAAGAAUAAAGAAUAAAUUGUACUGACUGGAUUGUCUUGAUGAAUUAAAAAAAUCUUGUAAUUUGUCUCGGUAUCAUUUGCUAAUAUGCCUAGAUUAAUACUUGCACUUCUUGUGGUUUUUUUUAAUUGUAUGAUUUGAAAGUUUUCUAGAUAAUAAUGCAUUCAUAUAGUCCAUGAAUGCAUUAACUCUUCUUCCAAGCAUGCAGCCUAGUCCCCAGUAAUCAGCCUGAUGUCAAUAUUACAUUUUAGUUUUAUGAUUUUGGACAAAGACUAUGUGUAGUCAGGGAUUGUGCAAUAAGAUAAUAGAAAGCAUAAAUACUAAUAUAAAAGUGUAGAAUUAUCAAUAAGAAAUUAAUUGAAUUAUUUCGGUAAAUAUGAACGUCUCACUACUAAUUGAUACUCAUGGUUCUGCAUGCAUUUUUUAGUACAGUUUCUUAUUUCUAGCCCACAUUUUGCUUUGUGUAUACAGUAUCUACGGUUUCAACCACCAAAUUUAUACAGAAGUGUAGUUUUUUUUUUUUACUUUUUAUAAAAUGCACUGUAUGUUUCUCAUUAACAGUCAUUCUUAAUAAAUGUUUUAAGGAUU